AUGAGUGAACAGGAGGUCACUUAUUCAACUGUGAGAUUUCACAAGUCUUCAGGGUUGCAGAAUCAAGUGAUGCCUGAGGAGACUCAAGGACCCGGAGAAACAGGCCACAGAGAGUGCUCUGUGCCCUGGCAGCUCAUUGGGAUAGCUCUUGGAAUCCUCUGUUCCCUUCUGCUUGUAACUGUUGCAGUGUUGAUGAUACACAUUUUUCAGUAUAGUCAAGAAAACCAUGAACUACAGGAACCUCUAAACUGCCCCCAUAACUGCAGCACCAUGCAAAGUGACAUCGACUUAAAGGAAGAACUGCGGAGAAAUAAGUCUACAGAGUGUAGUGCAGGCAAUGCUCUUCUGGAAUCCCUCCACAGAGAACAGAACAGAUGGUACAGAGAAACCAAGGCUGUUUUAGCUCCUUUGCAGCACACAGGCAGUGGAGUUGAAAUACACUGGUUCUGCUAUGGCAUAAAAUGUUAUUAUUUCAUCAUGGACAGAAAAACAUGGAGUGUAUGUAAACAAACCUGCCAGGACUCCAGCUUAUCCCUUCUGAAGAUAGAUGAUGAGGAUGAACUGAAGUUCAUUCGGCACAAGUUUACUCCAGAUAGUUACUGGAUUGGAUUGUCAUAUGACAACAAAAAAAGGGAGUGGUUAUGGAUUGACAAUGGCCCAUCCAAACUUGACUUGAAAAUAAAGAAAGCCAAUUUUAAGCCUGGAGGAUGUGUAUUUUUAUCUAAAGCAAGACUAGAAAAUACUAACUGUGAAAAUUCCUAUCCCUGUAUUUGUGGGAAGAGACUGGAUAAAUUCCCUGAUUAA